AUGCGCUUUAAGCACUACGGCCCAAAGGCGUUGGUGAUCGGUGUCCGUCCGAAGAUGCGUUACACUCCGGCAGCAUCAGUACCAGUUCCGUCGUGCUAAAACACCACAAACCGGGGGACGGAGGGGGAAUACAGUCGGUGUUUGCGGCUGUAGCGGCGCCGGUGCAUCUGGACGGGAGGAUGGGAGACCAGAAGGAGUCUCUGCGUAAGAUCACUCACACGCUGGCCGUGAAGAACGAGGAGAUCUCCAACUUCAUUUGCACUCUCAAACAGAGCCUGGAGAACUUGGAGGCGAACUCCAACCGGGUGCAGGAUGAUCUGCAGUCUGAAUUCGGCUCCCUACACGCUGCUCUGGAUGAGAUGAAGGAGAACAUGCUGACACGGAUCAAGCAGGAAAGAGCCAGCCGCACGUAUGAGCUGCAGAAUCAGCUGAGCGCCUGCUCCAAAGCCCUGGAGAGCUCAGAGGAGCUGCUGGAGCUGGCCAAUCAGACGCUGUGCUCCUCGGAGACGGACGGCUUCACCCAGGCGGCCAAAGACAUUAAGGAUAGCGUGACGAUGGCCCCGGCUUUCCGUCUCUCCCUGAAGGCGAAAGCCAGCGACAACAUGAGUCACCUGAUGGUGGACUUCAGCCAGGAGAGGGAGAUGCUGCAGGGGCUCAAGUUUCUCCCAGUUCCCGCCACUCCAGAGAUCCAGGUGUCAGAGUGCCAAGUGUGCGACAACACCGUCACCAUCGUCUGGACCCUACCGGAACCCGACAACAAGAUAGAGCACUACAUCCUGGAGCACCGCCGGACGAACCACGAGGGCCCGCCGCGUAUCAGAGAGGACUACCCCUGGAUGGUGGUGGAGGGGAUCCAGGAGACGGAGCACACGCUCACAGGCCUGCGCUUUGACACCCGCUUCAUGACGUUCAGAGUGAGAGCCUGCAACAAGGCCGUGGCCGGGGAGUUCUCCGAGCCGGUCACACUAGAAACCCACGCGUUCACCUUCAAGCUGGACUCCAGCUCGGCGCACCAGAACCUGAAGGUGGACGACCUGAGCGUGGAGUGGGACAGCAGCGGAGGAAAGGUGCAGGAAAUCCGCAAAGAGAAGAACAGAACCAACUCCCCUCUGCACUCGCCCGCCAGGUUUGUGUCGGCGCUGAUGUCCCCCAAGAGGGGGCCGACGGCGCGGCCGGGCAGGGACAGGUUCACCGCGGAGUCCUACACCGUGCUGGCCGACACCAUGAUCGACGCCGGCCAGCAGUACUGGGAGGUGAAGCUGGACAAGGAGAGCAAGGCGUUCGCCGUAGGCAUCGCUCUGCGGAGCCUGGGAAGGUUCGACCAGCUGGGGAAGAGCAGCGCUUCCUGGUGCAUCCACCUGAACAACUGGCUGCAGCAGAGCCUCACUGCCAAGCACAAUAACAAGGCCCGCACCCUCGACUGCCCCAUCCCCAACACUAUCGGCGUCUACGUCAACUACGACGAAGGUGUUGUGUCGUUUUACAACGCUAAAACCAAGCAGCUGAUGCACACUUUUAGAACAAAGUUCCAGCAGCCCGUCAUCCCAGCGUUCAUGGUGUGGAACGGGAGUUUCUCCGUGGUGACCGGCCUGCAGGUUCCCAGUGCGGUCCAGAGCGGCCAGAGGAAGAACAGCGGCACCAGCAGCUCCAACGCCAGCCUCACCUAGACGCCACCGGCUCCGGCCUCAGCUCCAUCCGGCUUCGGUCACCGCUGCAGGUCGAAUCCUCUGCACCGACUGCAGGCGGAGACGCACACAGCAGAACAGUUACACCACUUAUUCUCGGCCGUUUCUGCCUUGCAUGAUGGCGGAAGUUAGAUUUUUUUGUUUCUUUUUUUUAGGGGAGCAAACAGGCGAUCUGUUCCCCGAGUGACAGAAUCCGCUGGCUGGUUGCAACGCUUUGGCCCGAGUAUGAGUAGUUAAUGUCUCGCUGCACAUUCAUCCAGCUGCUACGGCGGCGAUUUUUAGCGCUGGCCGCUGCUGCUUCCUCUGAACGGUCAGCUGUGCCGUCGGCUGCAGCUUCACGGGUCAUGCUUCGUCCCUGUGCCUUCCUUCUCAGGCCAAACCAAACACGUGCAGCCCCCCCGGCCCCCCCUCUGUGUACCUGCUUGUUUUGUUUUUAAAGUCCCGCUCUGCGUCAGCUUCAGUAUGAGGAGGUUAUAACUUUGUUGACUCAUCAGUAAACCAGUCUGACCUAAACGACGUCCAGCACUUAAGCAUCUCAGCACUGAACUGGAUUAUUUAACUGUAUUGUGUCCAGAUAUUUGACUUCUUGCCAAGGGAUGCUACUCAAUGGUAUUUACAGUUACAAAUGAUAGUCAUCUGUUAUUUAAUGUAGGUCUCGAGCUUCCUGUUAAAACUUUCUGACGCUAACAUUAUAGCCGUGACACGUCCGUCCAUCUGACGUCCAUCUGCUCUGUUUCCAGUGGAGGGACCGUCCUAUGUGUGUAGCUCACUGUCAGUGGCUCAGCAGUAUUUAAUAGUAUGUAACUCCUCUCUUAUCUGUGAAAUCUGUGUGAAAAGCCUUUAAAAGAAUUUACCUCUCAAUGCAUUGUAACAAACUCACACUGAAAAGUCGUUGCUACAAUACAAGCCUUCAUUCCCAGGACAAAACUUCAACAUUUCACAGUGUUGGAGCGCACAGAGGGAGAUCGUUUUGCAGAUCAGGGGUCUGAAACUCAAGUAUUUGGGUUCCUGGGUUGUGCUUUGGCUUCAACUCGGUUUAAUUCAGGCUUUUGAUGCAAACAUAUCGCACAAGGGAGGGGCGCAGAGUUUGAAAGAUCAACCAAAGUCCCAGUGAGAGUCAAUUUUUCUGGCAGCGGCUGCUAGAAAUGUGAAAAUGUCCUGACGUUUCAAAGAUUUCAUCAUGCAAAGUAAGAGAAAGAGGCCUAAACAAAGCCAUAAGAUGCAGCUCCACAUAUUAUUUCAGUUUUUUCCUGAACUCAUCUGGAGUGUUGGUUUCUGAAAAAGUCUUAUCUUGUUCUCGUUGACCAAAAGCACCCGGGAAACAUUAACUUCACAUGUUUGUGAUGGUUUUUGGGCCAGAACAGUGCCAGUUGUUUUAAAAUGAGUCAUCGCUCCGGCUGUAGGUACAGACAAGAAGUUGUUCGCUUCCGGUUUAAAUAAAUGACGUGUUGAAGGGCGGCAAAGAGAAAUGGAAUAAUUAAAAUAACAUCUAACACUGUGAAAUGCUUCGAUUACAUUUCAUUUCUAGGAUUAGACAUUAAAUGCAACUGAAAAAUUAGCAUUAGAUUAAUCUUUUUCAAUGUACUGAAAAGGAAAGUUUUGACAUUUCAAUGUAAAAACAAGGUCCCAAAAUAAGAGAGUGACUUUGUUUCAAGGCUUUUCACGCAGAGGUUGCGAAUCAAAACGUGAUUCAGAACCUCGGGUCGGACACGUCUUCAGCUCUGCGCCGCCACAUCCAUGUUGUGCGUUUCGAAUGGUUGGUGUUCUAGUUCAUCUCUUCCUGGGUAAAUGUAGCCUGCUUUGCUUUACAGAAGUCAUUACACUUUAUUUCACAUGCUGACAACAUGUCACAAGUUAUUGUAAAUAGUUUAAUUUUUCCACUAUAGUGUAUCAGUAAUUGAGGUAAUAAAUGAGUGAGAA